GGUACUUUGGAUGAAUCUGCUCUUGAUUCGCGAUGAAUGACGAUACCCUUUAUGUUUGCGCAUAGCAUAGCGUUGAUAAUAAGCUUGUGAACAACAAACGGCAAAGUCUGUUGGGUUGCGUCGAGCUGCAGCAUGAUCUUGCGUCAAGCUGAGCAGUAGGCCUACCCUGUAUUGCGAAUAUGGCGCAAGGCUGAGCAAGCCCUCCUUCUCAGACUUCCCUCCAAUGAGCUUGUAUUUGCUGCUGCCAGAGCCCCUGUACAUGUGCACCUCUCGACCUUCAUACCCAUUUCGCAAACGCCAAGCAACUUCAUGACAACGACGCCAAAGUAAUCUGCCACCAUCUUACGCCCAAGUGUCUUCGCAAUUGUAUCAUUGGCAGAGGAAUUACUGACUGCAUGGGAGUCAAGUCAUGGUAAAGAAAGAGACACUCCAUAAACAAAGCUCUCCACUCGGCGCAGGCUUCGUGUUCGUGAACUUCAGCCUCAUUUCUUGUACCCCUGAAAUUUGCACAUCCGGAGCUUUAGCGCGAGCAGGUGGUCCACAUCACGUAGCGUCGCAUGUAUUUGGGCUCUCAGAAAUGAGCAGGAGUGUUCCACCGCCUCCGCGACUCAUCUCUGAGAUUGCUGUCAGCACAAGGAUAGGGUAUUAAAACCGCUGACCAGCUGCUCAGCUACCAGUCACGCAACCACCACCUUCAGCAACGACGAGUCAGCACUCAACAUGAGGCGAGUUGACGCUAUAACUUCUCUUUUUUGGAUUUCAGGAGCCAUGAUCAUGCUGCCUGCUGUGAUAUCAAUGGAAUACUACAUGGGCCGACAAGUGGAUAGCGAUAUCGACAAGUAUGUCACCAAAGAAAACAUGAACUUUGCAGGCUCUGGAUGUCAGCGCUGGCAGUUCAAGUUCCAGAAGACUUUGCAAUUGACGGUGGAAGACUUUCUUGAUUAUGAUGAUUGUGAGACGAUG